AUGCCAAUUGUUGCAUUUACUGAGGGAGAACCCACCCUCAAGGAGGUCCAAGAUAUAAUCAAGAAGGCUAGAUCCAAGUCAGCACCAGGCCGAAAUGGAAUACUUUACAAGGUGUACAAGUCAUGCCCAAAACUGCUGAGACGGUUGUGGAAACUAUUGAAGGUGGUCUGGCCACAGAAGGGAGGUGUUCCAGGACUCUCUUGCUGCAUUGAACACACAUGCGCUAUUAGCCAGUUAAUCAGGAGAGCUAAGAUCAACAAGACAGAUCUCACAGUUGUUCGGCUGGAUGUAGCAAAUGCGUAUGGCACGGUACCCCACCAGGUAAUAGAGUUUGCUCUGAAACACCACCAUGUACCAGAACAUAUUCAGAGCAUUGUCAGAAGCUACUACAGAAACAUCAACAUGCGCUUCACAACAAAGAACUAUACAACAUCCUGGAUACAGCUUCAGAAGGGGAUUGUAACCGGCUGCACAGUGUCAGUAGUACUGUUCAUCGCCGCUAUGAAUCUCAUCAUCAAAGCAGGAGACAGGGAGUCAAGGGGACCGAAGACCCAGACAGAUAUCAGACUUCCACCACAGAGGGGAUUUAUGGAUGAUCUGACUAUCACAACAGAGUCCCACAUACAAGCUCGAUGGAUCCUAUCAGCUCUUGAAGAUGUUGUGUCAUGGGCUAGAAUGGCCUUCAAACCAAGGAAGUCAAGAUUUCUUAUCUUGAGAAGAGGCAAAGUCUGGCAGAAGAUAACACUCAGGGUACAGGGCGAGGAUAUCCCAUCACUUAUUGACAACCCCAUCAAGUGCUUGGGUAAAUGGUUUGACACCACACUGGGUGAUAGUAGAAAUAACACAGAGCGCAUCCGGCAGCAACUGAGGAAUGGGCUUGCAAAGAUAGAGGGAACGGGCCUACCAGGGAAGUUCAAGGCAUGGCUUUUUCAGCAUGGCCUCUUGCCCCGUCUUCUGUGGCCACUAAUGUUGUAUGAGAUCCCAACACCGACGGUUGACAGCUUGGAAAGCAUGAUAAACAAGAGCCUGAGACGAUGA